AAGGGGGCGGUGAACAACUCCCACUAGCUCACCAACAAGUGAAACGAAUGUGGAAAAAUGGGUUGUCAAUACUUGUAAAAUUAAUCCAUCUUCUUUGUUUCUAAUCCUUUUUUUUUUGUUUUAGUUUUAGUUUUAAACCCUUUAUUCUGUUUGAGCCACCAUUUAUUAUUAUUCCUCCUAAAUCUCUGACCUUUAUCAACUCUUUAUGAUCAAGUAAAAUAUACCUACUUUUGGAUACCUUUGACAUUUUAGAGCUAGUAGGAAGAAGACUCUUGUCACUCUUUUACUCUUCUUUUCAGUGGAAAAAGCUCUCUUCACCUUCCCCUCAAUUGCACAAAGCUAUAUUGGGGGAUGUGGGAAUAACAGAUAUUUGGAGCAAAAGUAAGUGAGCAUAUGCUAGUUAUACUUUCAACUCCUGGUCAAAAGGGCUGCCUUUUCUUGGCCAUUUAUUUGAGAGUCUGGCCUGAGUUUCUGCAAACGCAAGGAGACAAGUUGGGUUUUUUUAAUUUUUAUUUCAAGCUGAGGUUUUUUAGGCCUGUUUUGGGUCUUUAGAACCUGUGGGUCUGUUUCCAUCUUCCAAAAAUUUGAUCUUUGAUAGCUACUUGUUUGAAGUAUGCACUGAUAUGGAUUUUGAAGGGUUUAGCACCAGUAAAUUACCUGGAAAUAGAGUGACAUCUUCUAAACACACGCGUUCCAAGAGCUUCCCAGUUAAACCAGAACUCGAGGGGAAUAUCGUGGAUCAUUCUGUAGAGGCCUCUAAUCGAUUGAAGUUGGAUACGAUUCACGGGAAUGACUGUAAUGUGAGAGAGAAGAAACAAUCAUCCUCGGCUGAAAUUCAAAGUUCUCUGAGGCAAGAGAUAAUGCAGCUGGAGAAAAGAUUACAUGAUCAAGUUGCAGUUCGAUGUGCCCUUGAGAAAGCAUUAGGUUAUAAAUCUUCUUCUCAAGACGUCAGUGAAGUGACCUCAAUGCCUAAGCCAGCCACAGAGCUGAUUAGAGAUAUUGCAGUACUUGAAUUGGAAGUUGGGCAUUUGGAACAGUAUCUUCUCUCGCUAUACAGGAAAGCAUUUGAUCAACAAAUCUCAUCCUUGUCUCCUCCCACAAAAGAUGAUAAACUAAAAUCUCCUAUAAGUACCCCAAGAAGGCGUCUUGAUUUCUCCAAUUCUGAUGUGAUGUUGAAAAGGGAAAAAUCUACUUCUCGAGUUGAUAGUCAAUCAGAAUUAUAUCCACGGAAAGAAACCAAUAGUGUGGCGGAAGACAAAAUUAACGAAUCUGGUGUUCAUCGAAGCCAUUCGUCACUAUCUCAGCGUUCAGCUCUGUCAAGCAGAGCUUCCCCACCGGAAGAGACACUGGGCAAAACAUUGCGUGCUUGUCAUUCUCAACCAUUAUCAAUGAUGGAGUAUGCGCAAAAUGCUUCUUCAAAUGUAAUCAGUUUGGCAGAGCAUCUGGGCACCCGUAUCUCUGAUCACGUUCCAGAGACACCAAACAAGCUGUCUGAGGAUAUGAUAAAGUGCAUGUGCACCAUAUAUUCCAAGCUUGCUGAUCCUCCACUGACAAAUCCCGGUCUUUCAUCGCCAACCUCGUCCUUGUCUUCCAUAAGUGCAUUUUCUCCAAAAGACAUAUGGAGUCCAGGAUUUAGGAAUGAUUCAUCUUUUGAUGUUCGGCUGGACAAUCCUUUUCAUGUAGAAGGGUUGAAGGAGUUCAGUGGACCUUACAGCACAAUGGUUGAAGUACAGUGUGUAUAUAGAGAUACUCAGAAAUUGGGUGAUAUUGAACCGAUGUUACAGAACUUCAGGUCACUUAUUUCUCGUCUAGAACAAAUAGAUCCACGAAAGUUGACUCACGAAGAGAAGAUAGCAUUCUGGCUUAACAUACAUAAUGCAUUGGUGAUGCAUGCAUUUUUAGCUUACGGUAUCCCCCAAAACAAUGUCAAGAGAAUAUUUCUACUCUUGAAGGCUGCGUAUAAUGUUGGAGGUCAUGUAGUAAGUGCAGAUAUGAUACAGAACUCAAUCCUGGGAUGUCGAAUGUCCAGACCAGGACAGUGGCUUCGCUUGUUACUUUCUUCUAAAGGAAAAUUCAAGACGGGGGAUGAAAGACAAACAUAUGCUAUUGAACAUCCAGAACCCCUUCUGCAUUUUGCACUCACAUCAGGCAAUCAUUCAGAUCCCACGGUUCGAGUCUAUACACCCAAAAGAGUAUUUGAGGAGCUCGAAGUAGCAAAAGAAGAUUAUAUCAGGGCUACCUUUGGUGUGAAGAAAGAUCAGAAAAUAGUCUUGCCAAAAGUGGUGGAGUCCUUUGCUAAGGAUUCUGGUCUAUGCCCUGCUGGUGUGUUGGAGAUGGUCCAGCAAUCUUUACCGGAAUCUCUUAGAAAGAGCAUUAAGAAGAUCCCACAGGGAAAGGGCCGCAAGAACAUUGAAUGGGUUCCACACAAUUUUGCUUUCCGGUAUCUAAUAAUGAAGGACCUGGUGAAAUGACUGCUGUGAUGGUAUGUUUAAGCUUUUAUUGAAGGAUCUGUUUCUUUCUUUCUUUCUUUCUUUUCUCUUUGAAAGGGGUCUCAAUUCUUUUUCCCAUCCCUUCUGUAUAAAUGAAUGGUAGUUUUCGGUUAGAAUGGAGGAUGAUCAAAGUUCCUGUAAUUUUGUCUCUGUGGAAGUACCCUCAUUCUUUGGCUAUUUCUACUAGAACAAAGCCUAGUUGUGUGCAAGAACAAGCAAAUUCAGUGUUUCA